GAUUUUAAUGGGCCUCGAGUGGUUUGUAUAUAAAAUUUCAGCAGCCCAUUAUAAUUUUGAGAAGGGAAUCUAAAAGAUUUUUAUGGCGAAGAGAAAAGUGCCUCUUCGUGUGAACAUCCCUGCAACCAAACCCUACCACUUCGCCUGCAACCUCGCCACGUCGCCGACGACCUCCGACCUCUUCUUUGAUCGCACCACCACCGGCGCUUUCUCCUCCGCGUCACCUUAUUUUUCUCUCCCUCUUGUUUCUCGGGUUUCGUUUUUGCAAACUCUUCGACGAUCAGGUAUCAUUAUCUAUCUCAUUUUUUUUUUCUGAUCGAAUGGCAAAAAUUGGUAAGUUUUGAGAUCCUCUUUUGGGAUCUUCAAGUAAGGGUAAGAAAUCAAACUACAGGCACGACGGAAGGUUGAGGGCGCUGACCGACGAUGGUACUGUUACUUGCAAUUUAACCAUCCGAGUAGAUCUACAUACUGUUGCGACAGAUCUAUGCCGCCGUGAGCUCUUCUCCGAAGGUGAUAGUAACAGUGAAGAUCUACGGAGGCAUGACAAAGGAGGAGGAGACUGCCAAAUCGUGCAGGAUUUGAAUUCUUCGAGGAGCAUUUCGAAGGUUGUGGUAGGGGUUUACAUAGCCGCGUUCACAGUUGAAUGGUGUCUAAACUUGGGCUGGUAUGGGGUUCAUAUCAGCCAUAAAAGUCUACAAGUGAAUGUUGAUCAACUACAUGAUCCUGGUCCACAAGGUGAAAGAUGGAGUCGAUUGAUUGAAAUAAAAGAAAGAGUCAGUCCCUCAGUCCUCCCCUCCCAUCCCCAGAACCCUAACUCCUCUUCCCCUUCCGCGGUAUCCCAGCGCCUGUAUAUUUAUAGACUUUCAUUUUUGGCUUCUCUACCGGACUAUCCAGGCCGGAAGGCCGCCACUUCUUCAUUUAGCUUGUAUCUCCACUUCAGUCGCUUACAACUUAUCCCAUGAAGGUUUCUCCGGAUCCUCAGGUGUUUACGUCCCUUCUCUUUGCCUUGUUGAAUAUUGAUCUGCUUGGAAAAGGGACAUUGCGGCGGCUAGUGCCAGGGUGCAAUGCUGCUGACUAGUGAAAUGGCAGGCAUCGGUUGGGCUGGAUUUCUAUUUAUUGGAGUAGGAUGCUAGAUAUCUAAACCAAUAAAAGGAAAUGCAUUGCUACUUAAACUUCUUGUCAGUUGAUUUUCUCAGUGAUCUAUCUGGUUCUCUGUGCUGUGUGCCUAUAAUUUAUGCGAAAGCUUCUUGACUUUUAAUGUGAGAAUUUUUAUUCGUUCGGUGUCCAGAUUGCCUUUUUGUUGUUAUCAUUAUUUUAUAUUUCAAAAAGCCUGUACCUUGAUUUCUGUAGUUCCAAGCUUCCUCGAAAUAAAUUAGUCUGGAAGACUUUUGGGUUCUAAUAUAGUUUAUGAUAUAUGAAAUUGGAGCAAACCUAGUCUUGAGUUUGGUAUGUGAUCCAAUGGGAAGAGGUUCUUGAUAAUGGUGGAAUUUCCAUUGUCUUAUAUGUCUGUGGUUUGGGAUGGCUCAAGUCAAUUGUAAGUGCAAUGAAGGUUUUGUUUAUCGUUUGAUUUUUGAUUAAAUCUAAUUUUACUCUUGAUGAUUUAGACUAGGCUCCAAUUCAUACAUGGGAGUUUAGUUGAUCAUGGCUGAAAUCAAACUUCUGCAGCACUUUCAAGUAAAUUCAAUGCCAGUAGCCAUACCCGUGUGACCAUGUAGCACUAUGCCUAAUGAAAUCCUACAAGAACCUGUAGGUCUCAUGCUUGACCUACUAGAUGGUUUGUUGGUUGUAGACAUGUUAAGUGAUGCAGUAUCAAUGUGGUAUUAAUGCAUUAUCCAGCUGCUCUAGUGCAACAGAAUAAGUGUUCCAGUGGUAGAGGUGCUUUGAUGCACUGGCUUGGUGCCUUGGCAGCAUAAAAUUGCAUCAACUAGAUGCAUAGCUUUGUGUUUUGAUAUUACUUUUGAUGAUAAUUAAUGUACACGCCCUGAGUUCAUUCAUUUGGUACACAUUCUUUAUGUGUUGACUACUUUUCUUUUGCAUCUUGUUCCAGGAGUGGCUGUUGAGUUGCUGAACCUUUAGGACUGUUGUGGUUACCUGAUCAUAGAACUGAGCCAAUCUAAAGGCCAUGUAUGGAAGGUGUGCAUCCCAGCUUUUGAAAGAGCAAGCAUGCUGUGAAGCUGGACAAUUAGCACCCUUUAAUAGCGAUGCAUUUGAACAAGUCAUCAAGGAAUGUGAUGAACACAACCUGCAGCUUCAAUCAUUAAUCAGGAAAAUAGAGGAGCAAAACCUAGAUAUACAAAGAGCUAGGAAUGAAGACCACUUUGGUGCAGUAAUUCAUCAUCUUUCUUUGAUCCGGAACAAACGCUGUCUCAUGGCUUACAUAUAUAACCGGGAAGCUAUCAUUCAGAGUUUGAGAUGGAAACUGGGCAGCGUUCUUCCCCAAGAAAUACUAGUAAAGCUGCAUAAUUUGGAAAUUGAGUAUUUCAAAAAUCACUCCGAGGCCUUAGAGUCCUACAUGUCUGAAAUGGAUCUAGAUUUGACUGUGGAUAUGGUUCCUCCAAAGGAUCCAUAUAUUCGAGUGAGGGUGCUGGACGAUAUUGGCGAUGUAUGCCUUGGUGAUCACACAGUGGCUCUCACCAAGAACUCUCUCCAUUUUCUUAGGCGUAGUGAUGCUGAACCAUUCAUCUCACAGGGUACGUUGGAAGAAUUUAUAGACUAAUGCCUCGUUGCAAAUUAAAAUUAUCACAGAAAGGUAUUUCUCUGCUCUUGCUUUACAUUUAUGCCAGUUUUCCAACCAGGAUGAUAAGAUGAUUACACUGAUAUUAAGCAUUUCUGGAUUGGUAACUAUGCGUUUGAAGGGUGGGCUGUAGUCACAAUUUCAUUGUCUACCUUUUCUGUAAUAUCAUUUGAGAAUGCAUUUAUAAUCAAAGAGCUUUUAGCGUCUCA